CACCAGAUGGCCCCAAUGCGGGCGUCAACAUAUCUGCGAUGCUACAGUUUGAGAGCCUCAGCCGCUUAUCGCGCAUGUUCUAUCGAAGUAACAUCCCCGUUCGGUUGUCGGGGGGCGGUGCCCGCUGCAAGGUACCUUGCCGCAUGUGUGUGAUUGGGGCCAAAAAUGCAGGUGGCAGGCAGCAUAUUUCAUGCUCUGUCCUUAGAAUCCUUCCUGGUACCUGUGUACUUGUUCAAGCUUCCCUCUCUCUGUUUCGUUUUUCUUCACCGUUUUUCAGCUUGGGCGACGAUACUUCUCGGUACUCUCAAGCGCCAUGGCUUAUGAACCCGUUAGACCCCAGGCAAAAGGUCCACACGUGUCGGUGGAAUAUGAUGGCGGCCUGAACACCGGAUACGAUCCUGGGGCGUACAACGCCGCCCCGCAUGUUCCUCAAGAUAACGAUACGGAAUACAGUGUCGAGAGUACCAAGGGUGUAUCGCAGAAAUGGCCUUCGGAUCUACAGAAAGUAGGGAGGAUCACGCCGUUGAAAGCACUAGUCCUGGUUUUCGAUGUGGUUCUGGCUUCAUCGCCUAUCAUGUUUCUAGCUCUCGCCCUUAUCGCUGCCAGGUUGAACGGAAAAGAGGUGUCGGACUAUGGUACCAAACUGGAACAAACACUUCUCCUCUCGCCCACAAUUUUCCCUCUGAUCUUCGCGGCCUUGAUGGGAAGGUUCUUUCGACACGUCGGUCUCUUCCUUGCUCAACGAGGCACAACUCUCGGCCGCCUUGAACAGCUGAUUGGCUGCCAAUCCGUCUUCUCCGCACUGGAACGUCAGUUUUGUCUGAGAUCCUGGUCUAUGGUUGGACUGGCAUCCGUCUUGAUUUGGCUACUUUCGCCAGUCGGAGGACAGUCUGCACUUCGUCUACUUGACCAAGAGAUUGGAAAUGUCCAAUUUAUCAAACAAGUGCGCUAUCUGCAUCCAACGACGUUCAUGGAUUCGAUGAUGGAGACUCCUAAUGCCCUUAAUGGGGCCCGUAGCUCGUUCACGCCAAUCUUUCUCACAUCUAUACUCAGCAGUACCAGAUACCGUACUACACCCAUGGACCUGUGGGGAAAUGUCAAACUCCCGCUCUACCGCACUAUCGAGAACAGUACGUCCGACGAGUGGAAGUUCGUGCCUAAUGGCACAGCCGACAACGUCACAUACGCUUCCCUAAUCGGUAUCCCCAUAGCCGGACCUCCCUCUGUCGGCAUUAGCUCUUUCAACAUCGAAGCUCGCCAAUUUGACGUGACCUGUUCAAGCAAUAAUGCAUCACGAGGAGAACCUAUAGAUUUUGUGUCAAAAUAUACGUGGCAACUUCAAGUAGUCAACGAUACAGCGCCACCGCCUUGCAAAAAGAACGAGACGUUCUGUACGGCCCCGAUUUGUGCCAGUUACCCCUGUCCAAUCCGGAGUGAAUCCCUUGUCGACUCAGAUACGGGCAAGUACUCAGUGGCGAAUUGCGGGCUUUCGUUCGAGAAAUAUGAAGUCGGAGUGCGCUGCAAUGGGACGGAGUGUGCCGCUUACAAGAUGAGGAAGAUGUACUUGUAUGACGAGGACUACCCAAUAGGCUACGAUAUCGCCUUGAGGAGGCAGUUCGUCACCAACCAACUUUUCGCCAUGACGAGCGCGGAUAACUACAAUGUGGUUGUUGCGAAGGCUCGAGGCGCGACAACUAUGGAGAAAUGGCUGCAGGACCCACUCGACUUCACCGGCGUAUUCUUUGCAAAUGCCGAUCUCUACAAGCUAUCACCGCGAGUUUUCGGCGACCGCUUGACUAUUCUGUAUAACACAUUCUGGCAAUCCACAUACGCCGGCAGAGCGAUCGGCGGAAAUUUACCAGCAUCCGUAAUGGAAACUGGCGCCAUGAACUUUACCCAGGCGCAACACGCGGACGCCAACAUUACAUUUGUCGCGACCGAAGCCAAUAUAUCGCAGAAUACAAUUCCAAUGUACAAAACCGAUUGGAGAUGGUUCGCAGCAUUAUUGGUUUGCUCAAUCAUACUGCUUGCCGCCGCGUUCACCGGACUGGUACUUAAGUACAUCACGAUCGCACCGGAUAUCAUCGGCUAUGCAUCCUCGCUGACGCUUUUGAAUCCUUAUGUUCCAACGCCUACGGGAGGAACUACCUUGACUGGAUUGGCGAGAACAGCGUUGAUGCGCGACUACCCUGUGCGCAUAGGAGAUGUCUGCCCGAAUGAGGCCGUAGGCGCAAUAGCAUUUGCAAGAGCCGACAGGAACGUUGGAAAGCUGGACAGAAAACGAUUAUAUAUAUGAGAAUAUACAAUCGAAGAAAAGCGGCGCUGUCGGCUCUAUCUAAAAUUAUAGAAGAACAAUGAUGUACAUCACAUAUCAUCAGAAGAUCGCGCGUCAGAUCUCGCGACACACCGCAUGCCACCUCAUGUGCGUCGAUGCAACUCACCACAAAUUCUCGAUUCAUCCAACGACAUUUUCGAGUACUAUAACGUAUCACA